CAUAGUUCUUAACUAUUUAUUGAGUAGGUACCACCCAUCUACUAUAUACUUAUAUUAUAACCAAUGAACAAUUUUUUGUAGUUAACACAAAGAUACCUACUGCCUAAAGUAUUUGUAUUCCUAUACUUAUGGAUAAUAUUGUACAAUAAUAUAAGAAGAACUGAGUUUAUACGAAUAAGUUCAAAUUUUUUUUCAAAAAGAAAUUUAUACAUCUCAUCAGUCAAUAAUAAUCAAAAGAAAAUGGAAAAGUUCAAGUUGGCAUCUAGAUAUGAAUCUGGCCAAUUCAAUGUUUGGAUUGAAUAUAACAAUUUGGCUAUGAUUACCAAGCCUUUGAAUUUGGGUCAAGGAUUUCCAGAUUAUGAACCGCCAUCAAGGUUUUCAAAUUUCUUAGCAGAAGUGGCUUCCGAAAAGAAUUUAUAUUCUCAUCAAUAUACACGUGGUUUGGGUCAUGUACGCUUGGUGAAUGCAUUGUCAAAACUAUAUUCAAACCUAAUUAACCGAAAAAUUGAUCCACUGAAUGAAAUAUUGAUUACUGUUGGAGCAUAUGAAGCUCUUUUUUGUACUAUACAGAGUAACAUAGAGGUAGGCGAUGAAGCAAUUGUUAUUGAACCAUUUUUUGAUUGCUACGAACCAUUAAUACGUAUAGCUGGAGGAACUCCCAGAUUCAUAGCAUUAAAGAAUACUAAGCCUAACAGUUCGGAAUCACAUUCGAGUGAUUGGAAACUUGACCCUGAGGAACUUGCAUCACUAUUCAACUCUAAAACCAAACUAAUUAUCAUAAACACACCACAUAAUCCACUGGGAAAAGUAUUUGAUUAUGACGAGUUAAUGAUGAUUGCAGAUUUAGCCAAAAAACAUAAUGUUCUCGUUAUUUCUGACGAGGUAUAUGAGUGGUUGGUGUACGAGCCAGCAAAGCACAUAAGAAUGGCUACACUUCCUGACAUGUGGGAAAGAACAAUUACAAUUGGGUCUGCUGGAAAAACAUUUAGUAUGACUGGCUGGAAACUUGGAUGGGCAUAUGGUCCGGCUAAUCUUAUAAAAAAUUUAGUUGUUGUUCAUCAGACUGCAAUUUAUACAUGCGCAACACCAGUUCAGGAAGCUACUGCAAGAGGAUUUGAACACGAAAUCAGUGUCCUAAAUACACCGGAGAGUUAUUUUCAAAAUAUAUCUAAAGAGUUAAAACCAAAAAUGCAUUUUCUGUCCAAUGUAUUAAAAGAAACUGGGUUCAAACCUAUUAUCCCGGAUGGCGGAUAUUUUAUAAUUUCAAAUUGGGCAAUGUUUGAAAAUAAAAUAGAUUUAAGUCUGGAGACUGAUAAAUACAAAGACUUGCAGUUUACAAAAUGGCUUUCCAAAAAUGUCAAACUUCAAAGUAUACCAUUUUCAAUCUUUUUCUCUGAAAAGAGUAAACCAAUGGCUGAAGACUAUAUGCGACUUUGUUUCUUUAAAAAAGAUGAAACUUUAAAGGAAGCUGAAAAAAUUUUAACUACAUGGACAAGCAAAUUAUCUUGAACACCUGAUAGCUUACUAAGCUUUAAAAUUGUUUAUGGCAAUAAUCAAUUAAUUUUAGUAUAGGAAUUAUUCUUCCAUAAAAUUAAUAAGCCUAGAAAUUUUUUAAUUUCAUAAAAUUUUUAUUUUUAAAUUUCAUUUUAUUAAAUAUAAUAAUAAACAUAAUUAAUGAAAAUGUUUUUUCAUAAAUUAAUUAAAAUUAUGCAAUAUGUUCAUUUUAGGGUUUUGAUGGUAAACUAUAAUAUAUGAUAUGAAAAAUAGUAGUAAA